AUGAUACCCUCUUCAUCCUUUCCCUCGAAUUCACGCACCGAAUCCAUUACCAGAAAUGACCAGAACUCCGUCUCGAGCUCCAGCAUCCGACCACGAAACAAGAGGCUCAUAUCGACGGAGCAGGAGCUGGUGAAUACAUCUGCUAGCAGUACGCCUGCGGGUAGCAGAGCUGUCAGCCCGAUUCCUUCGAAACACCCGAGCAGAAGUGUCUCCAACACAGGCAAUCAGAAUGGCAGACCGGUUGGAGGAUUACUUGCCCCGCUCCAGGAUGGGAAGGGGAGGUCCAGCCCGGUGAGUCUCGGAGGGGGUAUUUGGGAAGGCGGGUGGAUGAGUAGCUGGACGGCGUUGCAGGGGAUAGCGAACUCAGUGCUGGGAGCUGUAGAGGGGGAUAGCGAUGGCGAGGCGCGGCCGACGAGUUCUGGGAAGAGGAAACCCGCGCUCGGGAAAGCUAAGGUGCCGAAUAAAUGGGGGCCAUCGACGACUGCGCAGAAGAAGAAAGAUGGCGGGAUUGGGAUGGGAAGUACAGAGGAGAGAGAAGCGGCGUUGAUACAGAGGAAGAGGGCGGGGGUUUUGGAAGGAAGGGAUGAAGAUAAGCUGUUGGAUACUAGUGGGAAUUACAAACGGAGGACGUCGACGGAGGAGCAGAGGCCUGGGAGCUCACACGAGGAUGACCAAGCGCUGGUCUAUAUACAUCAUGUGCAGAAACAGGAUACGCUCCAGGGUGUGAUAUUGAGGUAUAAUUGCAAGCCGGAUGUCUUCAGGAAAGCAAAUCGAUUUUGGCCGAAUGACUCCAUACAGGUGCGAAAGACGGUCGUCUUGCCAGUUGAUGCGUGUACGGUCAAGGGACGACCUUGUGAUCCUCCAUCGUCAGAUUCGCCAUAUCAAGGGGUAGAUCUCCUUGCUCCAACACCAGGCAUUGAAGACCCUCCAUUCUCAAAUGGAAAUGCAGUCUGGCCUGGAAUUUCUACUCAGAAUGGGAAGUCUGCAGAACUUCCCGAAGAGAACGAAAGCCCCUGGGUCCACGUACGUUGGGUUUUGAUUGACUCGUCGCCAAAUUCGAAACCAGUUGAAAUAGGGCGAAUGCCUAGGAAAACAUUAGGAUACUUCCCACCACGAAGGAGGAAGAGUCUUCUUGCCCCAUCUAUUCCUUCAACACCUCGAGAAUCUUCAGAAUUUCCUCGACUAUCAAUCGAUCAGACAACCAGCACUUCCAGUACCCCGUCGCGGCAGUCAAGCACCCUUGGAGCCCGCCCAGCACUCCCAAUCGGAACCAUUGGGAGCUACUUCCCGCCUUUGAAAUCCAGCACACGCCCCCGCCGCGAAAGCGUGGGCGAAGCUGCGGAUCGAUUAGGCUGGAUGCGCGGACCCGGCGGCGUUGGUACUUUUGGGAAAAACGUGCGUCGGCCCGGACCCGGUAACGAUGGUUUGAAUACCUGGGCUCGAAAACACAUCCCAGGCCUAACGAUGGACUCCUUACCGUCUCGUGCUAUCCUCGGAGGCGAGACAGCACAUUUUGGAUUCUCCGAUGACCUCGCUAGUAUCGCCGAAAGCUCAUACAAUAAUCCUGAUAGCGGCUCCGCGACUCCUAGUGCGGGACAGGGUCUGGGACUUGAGAAUGCGGCAGCUGCUAUUGAGGGGUGGGUUAGACGGAUGGCUACUAUCACUCCCGGGACGCCGAAGGGUGGAGGCAGGAUUGAGCCUCAGCCGGAUUUGAUUGAAUUGCUUGAUGGGACGGGAAGUGAUGAUGGAAGAGGGUUUGAACUGAGUCCGGGAAGGCUUAGAUCAGACACGCCUGUUGGCACCGGAAGGGAAGAUCUUGAUGGAUUGAUUAGGGGGAGGGCUACGGCGGGGGCGAAAGGUGGGAAGAGUGAUUGA